UCGGAUAAGCGUAUAUACUUAUAUCCUAAGCGUAUAAAUAAAGAGAUAGUUAAUACUCUAAAUAAGCUAUUCUUUAAGUUCACUACUACUCUUUCAAAGUCAAAGGAUAUCACUAUUUAUCUCAUCUUUAGUAUCUAUAAUAAUCUCUUCAGUUACCUUAAGGCCUCCGAAGAAAUACUCUUCAACCGGAGGAGCCCUAAGGGAAUAAUAAUAACGAGCUUAAUCGCUAUCUUACUAAAGUUUCCAAUUCUUAUAGCCCUUACACGGGAUAUCUUAUCUAUUCCUACUAGUAGUACUAGUGUAGAGCGUCUAUUUAAUUACGCGCGUGAUAUCUAUCAUUAUCGACGUAGGCAAUUAAAACCGGAGAUAGUUAAAGCGCUAAUACUUUAUAUAUAUACAACAAAAUUUAAGGUUAAACAAAGGGAGAUUAAUUUCACUAAACAGCUUAUUUCAGUUAGGGAGUUAGCUCUUCUUAAACAGGAGAGAGGCUCACUACUACCCCUCCCUUCUCUAGAUCCUAUCAGUGAUAGUAAGGAGGCCGAAGAUAAAGAUACAGUGACUAAGAUUCCCUCUUAG